UCUUCCUCCUCCUCCUCUUCCUCCCCUCCCCUCCCCCAUGGGCCCCCCCGGCCCCGCCUCGCAGCUUCUGCCCCCGCUCGUUCUGGCGCUCGCAGGGGCGUCCCACGGCCCGUUCUGGGUGCGGUCGUGGCCGCGCGUGGCCGUGGUGCCGUUCGGGGGCUCGGCCACCAUCAACUGCAGCCGCAGCCCGUGCGUGGGGGGUCGCGCGUGGCUGCGCCUCGACACCGCCCUGGGCGCCACCCCCGGGCCCGGGGGGCUCCUGUGGCAAAGCUUCCGGAUCGGGAACGUGUCGCGAUGGAGACCCCGCGAUGUCACCUGCGCCGGCAGCUGCGGCGACAGCGAGGCCACCGCCAGCAGCGCCAUCGUGGUGUAUCAGCCGCCCCGCGAGGUCACCCUGGACCCCAUCCCCCCCCUGGCCGUGGGUGACAGCCACGCCCUGCGCUGCCGCGUGCUGGAGGUGGCGCCUGUCGCCAACCUGACGGUGACGCUGCGCCGCGGCGCCGACACGCUGCGCACCGCGACAUUCGGCGACAGCGAGGGCAGCGCCAGCGUGGCCGUCACCCACCCGCUCACGGUCACGCGUGGCGACCACGGGCAGCGCGUCACCUGCCACGCCGAGCUGUCGCUGCGGCCCCACGGGCCCCUGUUCGCCCGCGCCGCCGCCCCCGAGACGCUCUCGGUGUUCGCCCUCCCCUCCCCCCCCCUCCUCCAAGCCCCGCCCAUCCUCGAGCUCGGCGCCUCUGCCAACGUCACCUGCCGCGUGCUCGGCGCCUUCCCUGUCGGCGACACCCGCGUCACCGCCGCGCUGGGCGGCCGCCCCCUGCCUGUCGCGACAGCGCUGGCGCCCGGCGACACGGUGACAGCCAGCGCCGAGCUGCGGCCGCAGAGCGAGGGCGAGCUCGAGCUCACCUGCACCGCCCAGGUGGCCACGGUGGCCAAAACGGCGAGGAGGAAACUGCGGGUUUACAGAUUCCCCGAGCCCCGGCUGGAGGUGAGGCCGGUGGAGGCGGCGGCGGGGGAGGAGGUGACGGUGACGUGCGGAGUGGGGGCACCGGGCCCCGCCCGGGUGCGGCUGCAGCUCCGCGAUGCCCGCGGGGCGCUGCUGGCCGAGGGCUCCGAGCCGCGGCUGCAGCUCCGCUUGGUGGCCCGGGGGCGCGACCACGGUCGCCAAAUGGUGUGCGGGGCUCGCCUGGCCGUGGGCGACACCGAGGUGACAAAGGAGGCGGCGGCGCGGCUGGCGGUGCUCUACCCCCCCGAGUUCCCGCCCGGCUCCUGCCCCUCCAGCCGCACGUGGCUCCGCGGCUCCCGCCGCUCCCUGUCCUGCCUGGCCACCGGCAACCCCUCCCCCACCGUGGCCUGCGGCCACCGCGGCCGCCCCGUGGCCACCACGGAGCCCUUGGUGGUCACCCGGGCGCUGGCCGGGACCUACGAGUGCAAGGCCACCAACGCCUUGGGGACGCGGAGCCGGCGCGUCACCGUGCGCGUGGAGCGCGGACCCACCAUGUCCGAGUCGCGGUGUCCGGCGCGCCGGGUGUGGGUGGAGGGACAGCGGUGGCAGCUGGAGUGCGGCGCCGACGGGGAGCCGGAGCCCAGCACGCGGUGCGAGCGCCAGGGCGGGGCGAGAGCGGGCGGCGGGCAAGAUGGCGGCGGUCAUUAUGGCAUUCAAGAUGGCGGCGGUCAAGAUGGCGGCACCUAUGGUGACAUUCAAGAUGGCGGCGCUAAUUAUGGCAUUCAAGAUGGCGGCGGUCAAGAUGGCGGCACCUAUGGUGACAUUCAAGAUGGUGGCGCUCAUUAUGGCAUUCAAGAUGGCGGCGGUCAAGAUGGCGGCGCUCAUUAUGGCAUUCAAGAUGGCGGCGGUCAAGAUGGCGGCACCUAUGGUGACAUUCAAGAUGGCGGCGCUCAUUAUGGCAUUAAAAAUGGCGGCGGUCAAGAUGGCGGCAUUCGUGGUGGGAUUAAAGAUGGCGGCACUCAUGAUGGCAGCACUCAUUAUGGCAUUAAAGAUGGUGGCAGUCAAGAUGGCGGAACUCAUGGUGAUAUUCAAGAUGGCAGAACUCAUUAUGGCACUCAAGAUGGCGGCAUUCAUGGUGGGAUUCAAGAUGGCGGCACUCAUGGUGACAUUCAAGAUGGCGGCAGUCAAGAUGGCAGCACUCAUUAUGGCAUUAAAGAUGGCGGCAGUCAAGAUGGCAGCGUUCAUGGUGGUAUUCAAGAUGGCGGCACUCAAGAUGGCGGCACUCGUGGUGGGAUUCAAGAUGGCGGCACUCAAGAUGGCGGCACCCAUGGUGGUAACCACGGAAUAACUCAUGGUGGAACUCAUGGAGGCGUUCAAGAUGGCGGCACUGAUGAUGUCAUUCAAGAUGGCGGCACUCAUGGUGGCACUCGAGUUGGUCACACUCAUGGCGACACACACGGCGGCACCCGUGGCACUCAAGAUGGCGGCACUCGUGGUGUCACCCAUGGGAUAACUCAUGGUGACACUCAAGAUGGUGGCACUCGUGGUGGCACUCGUGGUGGCACUCGUGGCAUUCAAGAUGGCGGCACUCAUGGUGACACUCAUGGUGGCAUUCAAGAUGGUAGGACUCAUGGUGAAACUCGUGGCACUCAUGGUGGCACACAAGGUGGCACUCAAGAUGGCGGCAACCAAAAUGGUGGCACCCAUGGCACUCAAGAUGGCGGCACUCGUGAUGUCACCCAUGGGAUAACUCAUGGUGGAACUCGUGGCACUCGUGGCGGCACUUACAGCGGCAUUCAAGAUGGCGGCAAUCAAAAUGGCAGCGUCCAUAGUGGGAUUCAAGAUGGCGGCGCCCAUGGUGGGAUUCAAGAUGGCGGCGCCCAUGGUGGGAUUCAAGAUGGCCGCCUGGUGACGCGAGCCGACGGCGGCCGCUACGUCUGCAGGGCCACCAACCGGCACGGGGUGGCCACCAGGAGCGUGCUGGUCACCGUGGAGUACCCCCCCGCGCUCCCCGAGCUCGGUUGCCCCGCUCGCCACCGGUGGCUCGAGGGGACCCCGGCCCGGCUGCGCUGCGAGGCCACCGGGAACCCCCCGCCCGUGGUCACCUGCGCGCGUAUCGCCGACUAUCGCGACAGUAACGCCGACUAUCGCGACAACUACCGCGAUUACCGCGACAAUUACCGCGAUUACCGCGACAAUUACCGCGAUUACCGCGACAAUUACCGCGAUUAUCGCGAUUAUCGCGACUAUUACCGCGACUAUCGCGACAUGCACAACGCUACGGAGCUGGGGGACGGCGCCGCCAACGUCACCCGAGGCCACGCGGGCACCUACGAGUGCCGGGCGAGCAACGCGCACGGCUGGGCGAGCAAAAACGUCAGCGUGGCUGUGGAGUACCCGCCCUCCUCCGUCACCCUCCGCGUGCUCCCGUCCCCCCGCGUGGCGCCGGGCGCGGAUUUCUCGGUGUCGUGCGGGGCCGGGGGGGUCCCGCGGCCGCGGUUCCGGUGGGCGCUGCCCCCCGCCCCCAACGCGCGCUGGGCCCGCGGCAACCGCUCCGUGCUGGUCACGGCGGCGAGCGCGGCCAACGCGGGCGAGUAUCGGUGCCGGGCGGGCAACCGGCACGGCGGGGCCGAGGCCAGCGUGGAGGUCACGGUCACCGAGCCGUGGCCGCUGUCCCCGGGCUCGCUGCUGUCGCUGGGGCUCCUGGUGCCGUGGCCGCUGUCCCCGGGCUCGCUGCUGUCGCUGGGGCUCCUGGUGGCCACCCUGGGGCUGUUGGUGGCCACCGGCUGCUUCCUGAAGAGCCGGGCGGGGACCAAGGGCGAGUACAACGUGAGCGAGGCCGAGGGGAGCCGGGGCAGGGGCGGGGACUGGGGGAUCCCCCUGGGAACACCUGAGAAAAAAUAA